AGCUGAAAAAUGGCAGCUGAUACAGGGAGAUACAGGAGUGCAGUGAGUAAAAGCAAGGAUCCCUCGGGGUUACUGAUCUCCGUUAUCAGGACCCUGUCCAGCAGCGAUGAUGUCCAGGACCGGGAGACGGAGAAGGGUCGCCUGGAGGAGGCGUACGAGAAGUGUGACCGCGACCUGGACGAGCAGAUCGUCCAGCACUACACCGAGCUGACCACCGCCAUCCGAACCUACCAGAGCAUCACGGAGCGCAUCACCAGCUCCCGCAACAAAAUCAAACAGGUCAAGGAGAACCUGCUGUCCUGUAAGAUGCUGCUCCACUGUAAGAGGGAUGAGCUGAGGAAGCUGUGGAUCGAGGGCAUCGAGCACAAGCACGUCCUCAACCUGCUGGAUGAGAUCGAGAACAUCAAGCAGGUGCCCCAGAGGCUGGAGGCCUGCAUGUCCAGCAAGCACUACCUGCACGCCACCGACAUGCUGGUGUCGGCGGUGGAGUCUCUGGAGGGCCCGCUGCUGCAGGUGGAGGGGCUGAGCGACCUACGUCUGGAGCUGCACAGCAAGAAGCUCAACAUCCACCUGGUGCUGAUCGACGAGCUGCACCGCCACCUCUACAUCAAGUCCACCAGCCGCGUGGGCCACAAGGGCAAGGACAAGGACAAGGACAGGGGACGUCCCACGGGCUCAGCGUCCAAAGACACUCCCCAGCUCCCCCUACUGGAUGUCAGCAGCCUCUCCACCCCGCGCAAGUUCAUGGACUCGUCCCAGUUCAGCACGCCGGGCAGCUCCAGCAUGCGCGAGCUGCAGGAAGUGCGCGAGGACCUGGAGGUGGACCCGGAGGAGAACAGCGGGGAGUUCAUGGGCAUCCUGAUCAAGGGCCUCGCCAAGCUCAAGAAGAUCCCAGAGACCAUCAAAGCCAUCCUGGAGCGCCUGGAGCCCGAGCUCAAGCAGAUCGUCAAGAGGUCCACCACGCAGAUCGCCGACCACGCCUACCAGAGAGGGGAGAACCUGUCCCAGGACAAUCAGCCCAGGCUGCUGCUGGAACUGCUGGAGCUGCUGUUCGACAAGUUCAACGCGGUGGCGAGUGCCCACAGCGUGGUGCUGUCCCACCUGCAGCAGAUCGUGGUGUCCCCCAGCGGCACCCAGGAGGGCAUCAAGCUGUACGAGCAGGCCGACGUGUCCGCCAAGAUCCAGACCGUUCUGCAGGUGCUGCUGAUGGACUACCUGGAUGUAAAGAACACCCGGAGCGCGGCGGAGCCCUCGGCCCAGCUCUCCUACGCCAGCACCGCCAGCGACUUCGGAGCAUUCUUUGCCAAGAAGCGGCCGCAGAGGCCCAAGCAGUCCUUGUUCAAAUUUGAGUCCUCGUCCCACGCCAUCAGCAUGAGUGCCUACCUGAGGGAGCAGAGGAGAGAGCUGUAUAGCAAGAGCGGAGAACUGCAGGGUGGAGCGGAUGACAACCUGAUAGAAGGAGGGGAGACGAAGUUUGUGUGCAAGCCGGGAGCGAGGAACAUCACUGUGAUCUUCCAGCCCCUGCUCAGGUUCAUCCAGGAGAUCGAGCUGAACAUGGGCCCCGGCCAGGCCAAGCAGUGUCAGCUCCGCACCUUCCUCACCUACUACAUCAAUGACCUCUUCCUCAACCAGGUGCGCACCGAGAUCAACAAGGAGAUCGAGGCCGUCACCAAGGUGUCCGACCCGCUCAAGAUCCUGGCCAGCGCCGACACCAUGAAAGUGCUGGGGGUGCAGCGCCCCCUGCUGCAGAGCACGGUAGUUGUGGAGAAGUCCAUCCAGGACCUGAUGACCCUGAUGCAGGACCUCAGCUCCUACUCCAACCAGUUCCUCGAGAUGGUGUGUGACAAACUGAAAGAGUACAAGGAGAUCUGCAACACCGCCUACAGGGGAAUCGUCCAAUCAGAGGAGAAGCUGACUAUCAGCGCGUCCUGGUCCAAGGAUGAGGACAUCAGCCGCCUGCUGCAGUCCCUGCCCAACUGGGCCAGCAUGGCCACGCCCAGGGGCAUGAGGCAGAAGAGGGAGGACGAAGAGGACUUCACCAGGGCUGCUUUUGCCAAGGAGUCGGAGGUGCUGACGGGUAACCUAGGAGACAAGCUGAUCCCACAGAAUGAGAUCCUGCGUGAUGUCAGUGACCUGAAAGCCCUGGCCAACCUGCAGGAGAGCAUGGAGUGGCUGGCAGGGAGACUGAAGGGCUUCUUCUCCAACCUCCCGCAGGCCCAGAGUGUGUCGCCAGGCACGGACGCCCAGGUGACCAGUGAGAACACUCGCAGCCGGGAGCAGAUCCUGCAGACUCUGAACGACCUGUCCCGGGCCUUCCAGGACAUCGCCGAUCGCUGCCUGCUGGUGCUCCACCUGGAGGUCAGGGUGCAUUGCUUCCACUAUCUCAUCCCUCUGGCCAAGCAAGGGAACUAUGCCAUUGUGGCAAAUGUGGAGAGCAUGGAUUACGACCCCCUGGUGGUGAAACUGAACAAGGACAUCAGUGCCAUUGAGGAGGUGAUGGGGGCAGCCCUACAGCAGCACAAGUUCCAGUACAUAUUUGAAGGCCUGGGUCACCUGAUCUCCUGCAUCCUGAUAAACGGGGCUCAGUACUUCAAGCGGAUCAGCGAGUCCGGGAUUAAGAAGAUGUGCCGGAACAUCUUCGUGCUGCAGCAGAACCUCACCAACAUCACCAUGUCGCGCGAGGCCGACCUGGACUUCGCCAGGCAGUACUACGAGAUGCUGUACAACAGCGCGGACGAGCUGCUGAACCUGGUGGUGGACCAGGGCGUGCGGUACACGGAGCUGGAGUACAUCAACGCCCUGAGCCUGCUGCACCGCAGCCAGACGGGCGUGGGCGACCAGACGGUGCAGAAUGUGCGGCUGCAGCGCCUCAAGGAGAUCAUCUGCGAGCAGGCCGCCAUCAAGCAGGCCACCAAGGACAAGAAGAUCACCACCGUCUGAGAGGGCGAGCCCUUCAACCCCGGGCGCUGUCCGACGCCGUUCCCCCAAACCCCGAAUCACUACUGCGUUACAGAGCACGCCCCGCACCGCGUCCCCCAUUGCAUAGUCUCCCGAAUCGCCAUCGCUCAACAAAAGUCCCAUUUCACCUCUUAGCCUCAUGGACCACUGCAGCCUCAGAUCCGAAAGCGCACCCAUCAAAAUUGAAGCACGCCCAUUGUAUCCUUGCCCCAGGCUGUCGCUCCUCUAUUACCUGAGCGCAAAGGUUACCUGAAGGAAAUGUCCGUCACAGUCGAGCUGGUCAUUACGUAUUUACACCCCUCUGAUCUGAGCCUCCGCCCCACCCAGCAGGGUGCGUAAUCCAGGUCGCCUUACCUUUGGCACCGCAUGACCCCGCACAGCACCCAUCUCCCUGGAAACCCAGCGCUGAAAGUCACACAAAGCAAGGGCCGGGAGGCGCAUGUAGGCCACGCCUCAGAGGUCGUCUCCCGCUGUUUGACCUUGACUCACCAC